AUGGAUAAAUUCAAAAGAUUAGAGCCAGGAAAGAAGCUCAGAGUGGGCUCACAUGAAUGUUCCAUUAUCAGUUACUUAUCCGAAGGUGGGUUUGCUCAUAUUUAUAAAGUCCAAAUCUCUCCUCCCGAAAACAAUUCCGAUGUAGCAUGUUUGAAAAGAGUGCUAGUGAAGGACAAGACUGGCUUGAGUCAGCUAAGAACCGAGGUAAAGGUGAUGCAAAAAUUGGUAGGAUGUCCCAAUAUUGUACAAUACUAUGAUUCUCAUGCCUCAAGACUAUCAACUGUUGAUUCCAACGAAAAAUUAGGGUACGAAGUUUUGGUAUUGAUGGAACUUUGUCCUAACAAAUCAUUACUCGAUUUUAUGAACACUAGGCUCAAGACAAAAUUAAAGGAGAUUGAAAUAUUAAAGAUCAUGUAUGAUAUUUCCAUAGCGGUAUCACAACUUCACUAUUUGCCAAAACCUUUGAUUCAUAGAGAUAUUAAGAUUGAAAAUGUGUUGAUUGAUGCUCAUCGAAAUUUUAAAUUAUGUGAUUUUGGAUCAACAUGUCAUAUUAUACCUCCAGCAAAAACCAAGGAACAAUUCGAUAAUCUAUAUCAAGAUAUUCUUCAUCAAACAACUCCACAAUACAGAUGUCCUGAAAUGAUUGAUUUGAAUCGUCGCUUGCCAAUUGAUGAAAAAUCAGAUAUUUGGGCCUUGGGUGUCUUCUUAUACAAGUUAUGCUUUUAUAUAACUCCUUUCGAAACGCAAGGCCAAAUGGCUAUUCUCAAUGGUACCUUUCUGUUUCCGCCAGUUCCGAGGUAUUCUGACAGUUUAAAGCACUUGAUAAUUGUCAUGUUGCAAGCUAACCCAGACUAUAGACCUAAUAUAUAUCAAGUGGUGGAGAUUGUUUGUGGAAUGAGUAAUUUGACUGUUCCCAUCUUAGAUAAAUAUGAAACAGGGCCUCAUCAAUAUUUCCAAAUGCUUAAUAAUUCCCGGAAUAAUAAUCCUCAGAAUGCAUACUACCAUCCUCCAGUGCAACAACCUCAGCAUCCAUACCAACAUCAUGCCCCACAACAACAAACUCUGCCACCACCAGAGAAGUUUCCAUAUCAACAACUGUCUUCAAAUAUUUCAGGUAUGGUACCGCAACAGCUUCCAUCUGCUGGGUCAAUACCAAGUCUGUUCCCUCAAAUGGAUCAAAGUUACUAUCCUGCUCAGCAGAAUCAACCGCCAGCUGUUCAUUCUCAAUAUAAUCAAGGUCCCCCACCAGGGUAUAACGUGUAUCCACGCAGUAAUAAUAGUGAUCCAGACAAAGACCAAAAUAACAUAAAAUCUUUGACUGAAACUUUAUUACAAACCACCAACGAAAUGAUUGAAGAUAACGACAUUUUGAAGUCAACUAAACCAGCACAAAAACAAGCUGAUAAAAAUAACCAAAGUAGGAGUGAAAAUUCUGACUUGAUAGAUAAUGCUGAGGUUAGAUAUCCAUCAGUUGAUGAAUUCAACAAUUCUUUCUUUGAGAUGGCCGAUCCAGGAAAAGCCCUGAGCUUUCAAGGCUCAUAUCCGGCAUAUAAUUUUGGCAGUACAGUAUUCAAUGAGGAUUCUGAGCUUUUAAAAAAGCCAAAUAGUGGAUACAACAAUAAUUCUUCAUCAACUACCAAUUUCUUGGUACCAAACAAGAGCAACAUUUCACAGAGUGGCAACAAUAUUUUAUACAACUCCUCAUCAUCUAUCAAUUUAACUCAGACCAACGAUAGUAAUGAUUUCUACGUCUUUGAACAUGAUAGUUCAAAAUCGAAAUCACCAUCACGGCAACCAUCUAUGAAGAGCAGGGUUAGUGGUAAAGCCUCAAGGCCUACAUCUUAUAUUGAACUCACUCAGAACCAUUUGUAUCAGAAUGUCCCGCCAAACACAGAUAACACUGAAUAUGAAUUUUCAUUUGCUGAUAACAGUAGAUUUGAACUUGAUGAUGGACAGUCUCAGAAAUCACAAUACAAUACUACAUUGAAUGAAGGUGAUGAUAUGAACACAGGGGUUUCCAUGGUGGACCAUUCCUUAAUGGUUGACGAAAACAAUUUACUUGAUUUUGAUGAUAAUAAUGAAGAUUUUUUCAAGAAAGUUCCGCAGCCUAAUCAGAUAUCACAAAUAUUACAAUCUAAUGUCGAUGGGGCUGGUAACACUCAAAAUCUCUCUGAAAUGAGACCAAAGACUCCUUCCAAUAAUCCAUUUCCAAUGACUGACAAUUACCUGGCCUACAAAGGCUCUCCUGCAACCACCCAAAAGUACCAUUCCGGCAGUGACAAGAAUCCCUGGGCGAAUUCUAAUGCCAUCAACAAACCUAAUAGCAGUCUAUUCCCAUUAACUUCGGAUAAUGUUAAGUGCUCAAACAUUGAAAUCGAAAGAGAAAAACUGACGUCCAAGAUACCAGAAAAGCAUAUUAAUGAAUUGUUCCUACAUACUAAAAGCAUGGUCAAUGAUGUGAUUGAUCAUGACGACUUAGUAUCUCCAAACUCUACUCUAAAAUUCAAAAUUGAAGGGGGGCCAAAUGAUCAAAAAUAUCGGAAUGAUUUGAAAAUUAAAAGGAAAUCUGAGAACAAUAUGGAAACAUUGGAUACUAGGUUGCACAAACUACUGAUUAAUACUGAUUUCGAUAGACCGUAUAUGUUACCAUAUCCUAAAGACCAAGAGCCAUUACUUGAUAUUGAAUCACCAAAUGGAGAUUCUAAAUCUUCCAGCAGGAACCCUCAAUACACACUGUUGAUGACUGAUCAUCAGCAAUCCGACAAUCAAUCUUCUAAAUUGACUCAGAUGCUUGCGCCUUCAAAUAUCUCGAGCGAUGGAUAUGGAAGUGUUAAAUCUGCUCAUAAGAUUAGAGAGUUGGUUAAUGCCACAGAGGAGAUUGAGGUUGAUUUAUCGUCUAAUUCAUCUAUAGGUCAGGACGAGGUUGAAGUGGAAGAAGAGGAUCCAUUAAAAUUCUUGUCAAAUAUUCAAUCAGUCAAAAGUAAAAUGGGUUCUACUUCCGCAUCACACAAACCUCAGGCUGAUAGUCCUGUGGACGAGUUUGGUAAUAAUGAUAAUAUUCCCACUUUGCCAAGAAUGAAGUCAUACACUAGUGAUCUGGGUAAAAGCUCACCUGUCGGCGUCAGUCCAGUAGAUGGUCUAUUUGAAAAAAAAGGGCCCAAAAAGUCUAGAUUUUCUAACACUUUUUCUAAACCAAGAUUCAAAAUGCGAUCCAAUAAUGGCAAUUUCAGUGAUGUGAUUUCCCAGUCUCCUCCCAAUUCUCUGGAAUCUGAUAAGAAAGGUUCUAUUGGGGCCACGUCUACAACUCUGGUACAUGGGAUGAAUAGUGGUGCGAUAAACGCAAAUGACUUUACAUCACCAAUAAGCCUUGAUAUGCUGACCAAGAAAAAAUUCGGAACUAUUUUCAGUGACUCAGAGGAUGAUAACAGCAUUAUUUCAGACAUCAAAGAUGACGAUAUAAAGACUAACGAAGUUGAAUUGGAAAAGUCUAGGAAAAACAGCUCCAGUAGUGAAAAUAAAUAUUCCAGGAAGAAUAGUUCCAGUAGUGAAAAUAAAGGUUCCAGUUUGGAAAAUAAAAAGAUAUCAAGAAGAGAAAAGGUUCGAUCGUUCUUAGGGGGGAGCAACCAUCAUUAUAUGCACUACGGUAAUGCCAAUGGUAGUAACACUAAAUAA